CUGCUAAAAUGGAUUUCUUUGAUACGACUGAUCAUGAAAAGUAUGGAUUAGGAUUAACUGGCGUUGGCAUACUUUUCUCUUUACUUGGGAUUAUCUUCAGCAAGAUAUUGGCUGCCAUGGGAAAUGCCCUCUUUAUUUGUGGAGUUCCCUUAAUCAUUGGACUGAAUUCCACUAUGUCAUUGUUAAUGAAACCAAGUAAUUUUAAGGGAAUAAUCUUCUAUGCUAUCGGGCUCUUCUUGGUUGUCAUUGUGGGAUGGCCUUUUUGGGGCAUGAUUAUGGAGGGUUAUGGGUUCUUCUUACUGUCGAGUGGUUUCUGGCCUACUAUAGCUGGUUUUUUACUGAAGAUUAUUGCUCUUGGUCAGUUCCUUCAACAGAAAUUUUUCCGAUUGCCGAGGAAGUCGCCGUCCGUGGAUUUAGUUGAAUCUUCUAGAGCAAAUGAACUUGCUACUCAGAUGCUAGGUAUUUCAAUCACGGAGGCUAGAGGCAAUGCAAUUUUGCAGGAGCAGCGGUUGGCACAUGAACAAGAUCUUUUAAGGUUGCUAGAUCAGUUGCAAGCUAAUAAGGAUCUACUUUCCAAUUCACGUGGCAUGGAUUCUGAGGCUGUGGCAGAGGAGAUUGCAUUUAUUGAAGCUAAUGUGGCCAUUAAGAUUCAAACAAUUGCAGAAAUUUACAGUCAACUUAAUUCACAUGGUUGAAAUACGGAAAUUGGUGAUCUACCAACCUAACAUGCUCACAGAAUAUUGCAAUGUUAAUUUUCAUUCUCAUAUAGUUUAAGCUAUUUUGCUAACAUAAUUAAUUUUUCAUUUACCCCAAUAUCAUUGUAGCAAACACUUUAUGUUGGCAAGUGGUCAAUGAAGAACGAAUAUCAUUGUAGCAAACACAUUUAUGUUGUCAAGUGGUCAAUGAAGAAGCUAUUUA